GUUGGAAAAUCAAUCCUUGCUCUGCGGUUCAGUCACGACAGUUUGUCUCCUGGAUUCAUUUCGACAAUCGGCCUUGAGUUCAAAGGUCGACACAUGAAAGUCGAAGCACGUUCUCGAGCAAUUGCAAAGGCAUCCUACCGCAGGAUCUACGGCAUUGUGAUGGUAUAUGAUGUGACAAAUCAGACGGUCUUUCAU